AAGUCACAAGGUAAAUGCUGGAUCUUAGGAUCUAUUUUUCUCACAAAGACAAUCUCAUCAUAUCCUAUAUCAUAGCAUAUAAAUAAAACAAAUCUCUCUUCUUAGGGCUGACAUACACAUAGGCUAUCUUGGGCAAUUAAACUCUUUCCAUGAAAGCUACGAGAGGCUGCUGAAUCUGCUUUCAGUUAGUAAAGAAGGCCAGCCACCUCUGAGAACCUUAGUGGAAAGGCUGAUCUACACACCAAGUAUGGGUCAAAAUCUAGAUUUCUAUGGGGGGGAGAAAAACAUUAUUAGAUAAGCCAUUUAGUCUUCUUGUCUUAUUUUACAAAUUUUCAGAAAAAAAUUAUCCAAUAAAACGAUCAGAUACAAAUGACAAGAUACAAUAUUUUCCAAUUAAAUACAACUCGAAUAACAGAAAAUAUGUCAGCUAACUAACACAGUUUCAUUUAUUCCUGAAAAAUCUGUUAAGAGCACCAUAAUACCAAAACAAUCCCUUUAAUUUUCUUUGCCCCAAAACAUUUUAUGGCCUAAAGCAGUUGGUAACUAAACACUCCCUUAUGAGAUCAAUACCAGAAAUGAAUUAAUAUUGAAAAGCAAGUUUAUGGACUUUAAGCUGAAACAUUAGUUUUAAUUUUACAAUGCUAUUGGAUUUCUAUGAAGAAUUGAUCUUUUUAUUGCAGAAAACAUUUUAAGGUUUUCUGUUAAAGACUCAUCUUGUUACAUUUAGCAAGACUGAAGAGUACAAAAUGAGAUAAUACAGUGAAAGAGCCUGAGUAAUCUGAAUAGGUUCAAAUGACUUUUAAAAACUACUUACAGCGUGCGACGGUCACCUCGGUUUGGGGAAGAUGGAAGAGUUGAGUCAAGCCCUGGCUAGUAGCUUUUCUGUGUCUCAAGAUCUGAACAGCAAAGCUGCCCCACACCCCCACCUAUCCCAGUACAAGUGCAAGUACAGUUCCUUGGAGCAGAGUGAGCGCCGCCGGCGGUUACUGGAACUGCAGAAAUCCAAGCGGCUGGAUUAUGUGAACCAUGCCAGAAGACUGGCUGAAGAUGACUGGACAGGGAUGGAGAGUGAGGAAGAAGAUAAGAAAGAUGAUGAAGAAAUGGACAUUGACACUGUCAAGAAGUUACCAAAACGCUAUGCUAAUCAAUUGAUGCUUUCUGAGUGGUUAAUUGACGUUCCUUCAGAUUUGGGGCGGGAAUGGAUUGUGGUCGUGUGCCCUGUUGGAAAAAGAGCUCUUAUCGUGGCCUCCAGGGGUUCUACCAGUGCCUACACCAAGAGUGGCUACUGUGUCAACAGGUUUUCUUCCCUUCUGCCAGGAGGCAAUAGGCGAAACUCAACAGCAAAAGACUACACCAUUCUAGAUUGCAUUUACAGUGAGGUAAACCAGACCUACUACGAUCUGGAUGUGAUGUGCUGGCGGGGACACCCUUUUUAUGAUUGCCAGACUGAUUUCCGAUUCUACUGGAUGCAUUCAAAGUUACCAGAAGAAGAAGGACUGGGAGAGAAAACCAAGCUCAAUCCUUUUAAAUUUGUGGGGCUAAAUAAUUUCCCUUGCACUCCCGAAAGCCUGUGUGAUGUGCUAUCUAUGGAUUUCCCUUUUGAGGUAGAUGGACUUCUCUUCUACCACAAGCAGACCCACUACAGCCCCGGAAGCACUCCCUUGGUGGGCUGGCUGCGCCCCUACAUGGUGUCAGAUGUCCUUGGUGUAGCUGUGCCAGCUGGGCCGCUGACCAUCAAGCCAGACUAUGCUGGGCACCAGCUCCAGCAGAUUACGGAGCACAAAAAGAGCCAGAAGGAAGGCAUGAAGGAGAAACUCACACACACGGCCUCUGAAAAUGGGCACUAUGAGUUGGAGCACCUGUCUACUCCCAAGUUGAAGAGUUCUCCCCAUAGCCCAGACCACCCUGGAAGUCUCAUGGAGAAUUAAAGAGGGAAGCCUCCUUAACGAGCCACAGGAUGGUACCUGGCCCCAAAAGGAAUCCUGGGCAGGAGGAUAGUGACAACAGGUGACUUCAUUCUUUAGAGUGAACUUUCCAAAGCCAGUCUGGCUGGAAACAGCUUAUCUAUAAUCUGAAAUGCUGGCUCAAACAGUUAUGGGGAGGUUCCCAGAUUGGGUAGCAUUCAGAUUGAUUUGAGCAGCUCCUACUGUGAUAAGUGUAUCCCAGAUCCACAAUGUAAAUAUAUGUGAUUUGUAAGA